AUGGAUACUCAGUCGGCGUAUCCCUUUUUCUCAAAUCUCACCACGGCGUCAUCGCAGCAAUUGUCCGGUCUGUCUCGGAUCUGGGCAUAUUACUUGCUUCCUGCCAUCAUUGCCUAUCCCUUUCUUUGCCGGGCGUUACGCUUCCGACGCAUCAAGGGGUUGCAGGCCAAAUACAAAUAUGGCACGCCCGAACAUCCUUCCUAUGAAGGCAUGACGGUUGACGAGGCCUAUGACAUUGUUCGGACCACCCACGAUGUCGAGUUUCCGGCCUUGUUUGACAAAGGCCUGCAAUUUGCCCUCUUUCGCACCUACGGUAUCCCGACCAUCAGCGAUUUGCUCGUCAAGACAACUCAGCUGUCCAAAACCCAAAAUGUCCCCCGGCGGUACGCUGACACCGCGGUGCUGUUAGCUGACAUAUACGCGGGCGAACCGACGAGUGACAGAUGCACUGAUGCGUUUGCUCGCCUGAACUAUUUGCACGGUCACUACAUCAAACAAGGGAAGAUCUCCAACGAUGACAUGUUGUACACGCUGUCGCUGUUCCUGAACCAGCCGGUAGAAUGGAUCAAUCGCUAUGAGUGGAGACAGCUCACCGAUAUGGAGAUAUGUGCCAUGGGUGUUUUCCACAAAGCCAUGGGCGACGUCAUGGACAUCUCGUUUGAAGCCUUGCCAUCGUAUUCCACUGGCUGGAAAGACGGUCUUCAUUUCUACCGCGAGCUCGAUGCCUGGGCCAAGCAGUAUGAAAAAGAUCAUAUGGUUCCUGACAAGAAGAAUUACGACACGGCUGUGGAAACUCGGAAACUGCUGCUAAGCACUUAUCCGACCAUUUUGCAUGGCGUUCUUACGAAAGCGAUCAGUGCGCCUCUGGACGAUCGACUGCGAGAGGCCGUUAUGUUCGAAAAAGCGCCGCCAUUGUACGUCUCGCUACUCAACGGCUUCAUGGGAUUGCGGAAACUGUACCUCAGAUACUUGGCUCUUCCGAGACCGUGGGCUAUGAGACCUAAGCUUCUCUCUGAAAAGCCAGAUCGCAAGGGGAGGAGGUACGUUCUCUGGUGGGACACGAUGCCCGUCUACGUCAAACCAACGCUGUGGAAUCGGUGGGGUCCUGGAGCGCUGGUCAACAUGUUACUUGGUGUCCCUCGUCCCGGUGACCGGGGAAUGUAUCCAGAAGGUUUCGAGAUCAAAGAUGUAGGGCCGCCGGUGUUUGUCGGGAAAGGAUCGAAGGAGAUGGACGCCACGAAGGAGAGGUUGAAGAAUGCUCAGCGAGGAGGCUGUCCAUUUGCUGUGCGAUGA